CAAAGGAUUGUGCCACGAGACCCGCAGACGGGCCUGGGUGCGCGGUUUCCACCGGGACUAGAGCCCAGAGGAAACCGUACCGCGGCAGCAAUGGAGCGGGGCGCAGGAGAGCGCACUGCCAGCGCCCUUUUCGCUGGGUUCCGGGCUUUGGGGCUUUUCAGCAACGACAUUCCACACGUGGUGCGGUUCAGUGCGCUGAAGCGCCGAUUCUAUGUGACGACGUGCGUGGGGAAAAGCUUCCACACCUAUGACGUUCAGAAACUUAGUCUGGUUGCAGUAAGUAACUCCCUUCCACAGGAUAUCUGCUGUAUGGCAGCUGAUGGGAGGCUAGUCUUUGCUGCUUAUGGGAAUGUUUUCUCUGCAUUUGCCCGUAAUAAAGAGGUAGUACAUACCUUUAAGGGUCAUAAGGCAGAAAUCCAUCUUUUGCAACCCUUUGGGGAUCACAUUAUCUCUGUUGAUACUGACAGUAUUCUUAUUAUUUGGCACAUAUAUUCAGAAGAAGAAUACCUGCAGUUGUCUUUUGAUAAAUCAGUAUUUAAAAUUUCUGCAAUUUUGCAUCCGAGUACCUACUUGAAUAAAAUACUUCUUGGCAGUGAACAAGGAAGCCUCCAGUUGUGGAAUGUAAAAUCCAAUAAACUUCUAUAUACAUUUGCGGGAUGGAAAGUUGGAGUGACAGCACUUCAGCAGGCACCAGCUGUGGAUGUUGUUGCUGUUGGUCUUAUAUCGGGUCAGAUUAUCAUUCACAACAUUAAGUUUGAUGAAACAUUAAUGAAGUUCCGUCAAGACUGGGGACCUAUUACUUCAAUUUCAUUUCGCACAGAUGGUCAUCCAGUAAUGGCAGCUGGAAGCCCAUGUGGCCAUAUUGGACUCUGGGAUCUAGAAGACAAAAAGUUAAUCAAUCAAAUGAGAAAUGCGCAUUCUACAGCAAUUGCCGGACUGACAUUUCUCCAUAGAGAGCCACUUCUUGUCACAAAUGGUGCUGACAAUGCUCUCAGGAUAUGGAUAUUUGAUGGUCCCACAGGUGAAGGCCGGCUUUUGAGAUUCAGAAUGGGACAUAGUGCUCCUCUUACCAAAAUAAGAUAUUAUGGACAAAACGGACAACAAAUUCUUAGCGCAAGUCAGGAUGGAACUCUUCAGUCAUUUUCCACAAUACAUGAAAAAUUUAACAAGAGCUUGGGACAUGGAUUAAUAAAUAAAAAGAGAGUCAAACGUAAAGGACUUCAGAAUGCCAUGUCAGUGAGACUUCCACCCAUCACAAAGUUUGCAGCUGAGGAAGCUCGUGAAAGUGACUGGGAUGGUAUCAUUGCUUGCCAUCAAGGUAAGCUAUCUUGCUCAACCUGGAACUAUCAAAGAUCUACAAUAGGUGCUUACUUUCUCAAGCCAAAAGAGCUGAAGAAAGAUGACAUAACUGCAACAGCAGUGGAUAUAACUUCUUGUGGAAACUUUGCUGUGAUUGGUCUCUCAUCAGGAACUGUAGAUGUAUAUAACAUGCAGUCGGGUAUACACCGAGGAAGUUUUGGCAAGGAUCAAGCCCAUAAAGGAUCUGUUAGAGGUGUUGCAGUGGAUGGAUUAAACCAGUUGACAAUUACAACUGGUAGUGAAGGAGUACUCAAGUUCUGGAACUUUAAAAACAAAGUUUUAAUUCAUUCUGUGAGCCUUGAUUCAUCUCCAAAUAUGAUGCUGCUACAUAGAGACAGUGGCAUUCUGGGACUCGCCUUGGACGACUUCUCCAUUAGUGUUUUCGACAUAGAAACUAGGAAGAUUGUCAGAGAGUUUUCUGGACACCAAGGCCAAAUAAAUGACAUGGCUUUCAGUCCUGAUGGUCGUUGGUUAAUAAGUGCUUCAAUGGAUUGCUCUAUUAGAACUUGGGACCUUCCAUCUGGGUGCCUUAUAGACAGCUUUUUGUUGGACUCAGCUCCUCUUAAUGUUACUAUGUCCCCUACUGGAGACUUUCUGGCCACUUCCCAUGUGGACCACCUUGGAAUUUAUCUAUGGUCCAAUAUUUCCCUGUAUUCAGUUGUUUCAUUAAGGCCACUUCCCACAGAUUAUGUUCCUUCAGUAGUGAUGCUUCCUGGUACUUGUCAAACCCAAGAUGUAGAAUUAUCAGAAGAAACCAUAGAACCAAGUGAUGAAAUGAUAGAGUAUGACUCCCCAGAACAGUUGAAUGAGCAGCUGGUGACUCUGUCACUCCUUCCUGAAUCCCGGUGGAAAAAUCUUCUUAAUCUUGAUGUUAUUAAGAAAAAGAAUAAACCAAAGGAACCACCGAAAGUACCCAAAUCAGCACCGUUUUUUAUUCCAACAGUUCCUGGCCUUGUACCCAGAUAUGCUGCACCUGAACAAAACAGUGAUCCUCAACAGUCUAAAGUGGUAAAUCUUGGAAUUUUGGCUCAAAAAUCAGAUUUCUGCUUGAAACUUGAGGAAGGACUGGUAAAUAAUAAAUAUGAAGCUGCUCUUAACCUUCUGAAAGAAUUAGGCCCGUCAGGAAUUGAAACAGAGCUGCGAAGUUUGUCUCCUGAUUGUGGUGGUUCUGUAGAAGUUAUGAAGAGCUUCUUGAAAAUGAUCGGGAUGAUGUUGGACAAAAAGCGUGAUUUUGAGUUAGCCCAGGCAUACCUUGCGUUGUUUUUAAAGUUACACCUUAAAAUGCUUCCUUCAGAGCCAGUACUUCUAGAGGAAAUGACUAAGUUGUCAUCACAGUUGGAAGAAAACUGGAUCCAUUUACAAUCACUCUUCAAUCAAAGCAUGUGUGUUUUAAAUUACAUUAAAAGUGCUUUGUUGUAAAAAUAAACUUAGGUGACUAAAUAAAGACUUUUAUAUUAAA